AUGUCGGGCGCACUGAUGUCGUUGGUUGGGAAGAGGGUGUUGGCUGAGUCUGCUAGGAACCACUUUGGGACAGAAGAUCCCUACUUCGAAGAAGUCCCUGCCUCCCGCCUCGGUCGAGCAUUCGGGAAGAAGACCCGCAAGCGACGCAAGGCCCAUCCGCCGGGCUUGUCGGAGAAGGAUGCAAAAAUACUGACCCAGGUCAAACGCAGAGCGUACCGGCUGGACUAUUCCCUGUUCAAUCUGUGCGGAGUUCGGUUCGGCUGGGGCAGCGUGAUCGGCCUCGUUCCAUUUAUCGGCGAUGCAGGUGACGCAGCCCUCGCCAUGAUGGUUGUGCGGAACUGUCAAGAGAUCGACGGCGGACUCCCCUCGCACCUGCGGAUGAUGAUGUUGGUCAACGUGAUCAUCGACUUCUUCCUUGGGCUAGUCCCUUUCAUUGGUGACAUUGCAGAUGCCGUGUACAAAUGCAACACAAGGAACGCCGUCAUCCUCGAGAAACACUUGCGUGAAAAAGGUGCCAAGGCGCUGAAAAGACAGGCAAAGGAAACUCGACAGCAGGAGCAAGCCCAGCCACAGGCAAUUGAUUACAGUCUCCCAGACGAAUGGGACAAACAAGAAAGCGGGGUUGUGGGAGACCGUCCACCAGCUUAUGAAGAGCAGGGGCCUUCAGGCGAUCCACAAACGGACAACACUGCCAGCGCCCAACAUCCACAGGGGCCGCAGCUGGCGCAGAAGCCUCGAACGCACCGAGGAAUCGGUAAGUGGUUUGGCGGGGCCAGUCAACAAGACGAAGACCUGGAGAGGGGUGGAGCGUGA